AAAAGCUGGCUAAACUACUAAAGAACAAAUAAGUGUUAAAGAUUUCGUGAAAUUUGAUGAUAAUCUGUCAAUGAACCACUUGGUUUUAGUCCGGUGUAGUAAUAGCAUUUCAAGCGGGUGUAACUAAGUUCUAUAUAAAUACUAGAGUAACAGUAAAAAUACAUUAAAGAAGAGAAAUGCAAAAAAACAUAAUGCGGUGCGCAGCAAUGUGAAAAAUAUACAUAUUUUUUAUCAAACAAAUAAACAACCGCAAGUGCUUUAAAAGGAAACGUAAAAAAUAACGAACGAAGAAUGAAAACGGUAAAAAUAAAAGCAAUGGUAUUUUUAUAAAGCCCCAAGUACGUGUUACCAAUCGUGUUGCAACAAAAAAAAAAGAAAAGUUCAUAGUAGUAUAAUGUACAAGCUGACUGUGCAAUGUGCAAAUAUAAAAGCUCAAAAGUUACGCAAAAAAUGCAGCAGCAAAAGCAGCAGCAGCAGCAGCCGCCACAGCAGCAGCAGCAGCAAUGCAAUCGUUGCAACAAAAGCAGCAACGAGUCAAAUGUGAAACGGAAACGAGCAAACGACCAAGUGCUAAAGUGCUAAAGCGAGUUAAGGAUGCGUCCUCGUGCCAUUGACCACCGAAACAGCAAUUUGUCUUCAACGCCUACGUCUACGCCAGCGUCAGCGCAAGCAGCAACAGCAUUAGCCCACUAAAAAGCAAAAAACCAAAAAAAAAGACAAACACAUCACCAAACUUAGCACCUGUCAUCAAAGCUGUCAACUGCCAGCCAGCACUACCAGGACCAGGACCAGGACGAAGCUACAGCAGUCAUUGUUAUUGCUGCUGCUGUAAGCUCAAAGUUAUAUUCAUAAUUGAGCAAACAACUAAUUCAAGUUGCAGCAGCUAAUUGCCUCAGGACAGCAACAUCUACGAGCAACGAAUAAUUGAAACUUGCUAUUUUCUUUUUUUUUUGAUAAAAACAUACAACGCCAAUGAAUUUUUUAUACUACAAAAGCGUAAACUAAGCCUCCAAAUUUGCAUAAAGCAAAUAUAACAAACGCGCGCUGUGGCUACAAAUGCCCAAAAGGAGCAACAACAACAAACUGAACUGCAGCUGCUGACACGGCCCAAAAAGGACUUUCUAACAUAAGGAUUGCCACUCAUAAAUGCAGUGGAAGAAGAAGCUAACUCGAUUGAAAGCAGCUACUGGAAAUUCGCGUGUGCGAAGAAUGCUUUGUUGUGGUCGUAGAAAGGAAAAUGGAAGAUCAGUUCCUGAUGUUACCGCCAGUCCGGGUCGUGCGCCGCCCGGCCCGCUACCCGCUAAUCAGCUGUCCGGUCUGGGCAACCAGCAGCAGCAGCAACAGCAACAUCAUCUCAACAAUCAGCAGCAGCAACAUCAUGGCAACCAGCAACAGAAUCGUGGCCAAGGCGGCGGCUCGAAUUCCGUCAAGGAUCCGGUGCUGCUCCAGGGCGAUUUUCGCAAGGUCAGCGGCAUCAGUUCGGAGAUCUUUCGACAGAUAGAAGCUGUGGAGAAUGAUCAUGAUCCGAAUACGGCUGCGGCGCUGGAGGCGGUGGAGCGACGCGGCGAGAUGAUUGUGCGCAUACUGGAGCCGCGCUCCAUGGGCAGCAAACAGGCGGUGGAUGCGGCACACAAACUGAUGAACAAAGCCGAUGGACGGCACACGGUGCAGCUGGUGGAGAUUGUGAAGCGGCCGGGACAGACAUUGGGUUUAUAUAUACGCGAGGGCAAUGGCGCUGAUCGCACUGAUGGGGUAUUCAUCUCGAGGAUUGCGCUGGAGUCGGCGGUUUACAACAGCGGCUGCCUUAGGGUGGGCGAUGAAAUUCUGGCCGUCAAUUUGGUGGACGUCACACACAUGUCGCUCGACGAUGUGGUAAUCAUCAUGUCAAUUCCUAGGCGCCUGGUGCUGGCCAUAAGGCAAAGGCGUGGCAAUCGCGGCGCCGGCUCACCGGGCCCGCCCACGCUCUCCAGGCCGGAGCAGAAGCCGCCACCGGUGGUGGUCAUAAAGCGCGACAUACGCGACGAUGACAUGGAUGAGACGGAUCGUAUGCCGCGGCCGCGUUCAUCACGUGAAAGACGUACAGGCGAUGGCCGCGAGAUGACAGAGUCGCGCUCGCGACUUGGCUUGGGGUUGAACAACUACAGUCCGCAGUCGGAGCAGCUGGACAUGUACUACAACACGCGCGCUGGAGUCAAUGCCAUGGGUGAGCCGCCCAAUUGGGGCUACAAGCCGCCGGCGCCGCCCUCCUCGGUCAUCACAGAGCAGCCGCAGAAGGGUCAUGCGUUUGCGCCUUCGCAUGCUUAUUACCAAAACGCUGGCACACUGGAGAGUCUGGCGGAGAAGGUGCACGCCUUCUAUCCGGGUGGACCAGCGCAGGCUGUGGGGCCAUCGCGUCGCAUGUCCACGGGCACUGGCAAUGUGGGGCUGGCGCAGCAGCAUGCGCGCUUCCCACGUUCUGGCUCGGAUCAGCAUUUGCCACGUGUGGAGUACGCAGACUACUCCAAUUCGCUGGGCCGGCACUCGCUGCUGCGUUCCAGCCUCAAGCCGGGCAGCGCUGCGCCCAUGCCCGUGGGCGUGGGUGGCACCCUCGGACGCUAUGGACGCUACGAUCAGCAGCGCGCAGGCGUAGCCAAGUACGGACCGCCGGCGGCGGGCGCGCAGUCGCUCACACGACGCUCGCGUCCCAAUCUGGACUACUCCAGCGAUACGGAGGCCACCAUUGGCCCACGCCCCAGUUACUAUUACUACAAUCGUCCCGCCAUUGGCAGCAUGCCACGCGGCGCUGGACCCAGCGCAGCAGCAGCUGCGCUGCUCGCCGGCGGCACAGAUCUCAACAAGUUCAACUCACUGCCUCGCGAGCGUCCCGGCGUGCGGCUGCAGGGCAUACGCUCGCGCAUUGGCGAGCGCAUACUCGAUGAGAACGAUGGCAAUAUAUCGGCGCCGGAGUUCGAUGCGCGACGUGGUCGCGAUCUACGCCAGCGCAUUACAGCCAGUCCGGGUCCGUCGAUCUUCACGGCGGACGAGUAUCGCGCCUGGCUGAGACGCGCGCCUAGCAGUUCCGCCAUAGCGGAGCAAAUGCGCAUGACGCGCGACAUGUUUGCCCAGCCGCGUUCCCAUCGCUUCUCCUGCAGCGCCGAGAACAUUCACGAUGCACUCAGAAAUACCGAAAGCAUUUACUCAAGCAGAACGGGCAUAUUGGGCGCCGGCACGCUGGAUCGCAACAUGGGCUUGACCCGCCCCAUUUCGUCGCUGCCUGUGCGCUCCAUGUCCUCGCAGCAUAUUGGAGGCGCUGGCUCCAUACGCUCGCCCAGCAUACGACGCAUGCGUCAGCUGCUGGAGCUAUCCGCUGGCCCAGCUAGUCCCAGCGGCAGCAUCAUGAGCACAGCUGGUCAUCAGAGUCCAGCGCCUACGCCCAGCGCCACUUUGCCGCGUCCACAUCGACAGAUCGACAUUAAUCCCGCAGAGUUUGCCAAGUACAAGCUGGACAAGCCCAUUGUGGAUAUAGGCGGUGUGUCCGGCAUGCUUUGGAUACACUUGCUGGCAGGUCGUGGACUGCGCACGCAGCCAGAGAUGGGAGCACAGCAUGCGGGAGCUGCGCCGCCAGCGCAGACGCGAGAUCUCUACUGCGUCAUCGAGUGCGAUCGCGUGCAUAAGGCGCGCACUGUGGUGCGCUCUGGCGAUCUGCAGUUCGACUGGGAUGAGUCGUUCGAACUGGAUCUAGUGGGCAACAAGCAACUCGAUGUGCUCGUCUAUUCGUGGGAUCCACAGCACAGGCACAAGCUUUGCUAUCGCGGCGCCAUUUCACUCUCGGCCAUACUGCGGCAGUCGCCACUGCAUCAGCUGGCGCUCAAGGUGGAGCCACGUGGCACAAUCUACAUACGCAUGCGGCAUACGGAUCCGCUGGCGUUGUAUAAGCGUCGUGGCCUGCCCAGUCUGCGUGCUGGUUAUCCUACGCUGUUCGGUGCUGAUCUCGAGACGGUGGUCAACAGAGAGUCGAAGGGUGCGCCUGGCUGCGCGCCAGUGCCAAUUGUGCUGCGGCGCUGUGUGGAGGAGGUGGAGCGGCGUGGCCUCGAUAUAAUCGGGCUCUAUCGCCUGUGCGGCUCGGCCACGAAGAAGCGUCUGCUGCGCGAGGCCUUCGAGCGCAACAGUCGCGCCGUCGAACUGAGCCCCGAACACGUUCCUGAUAUUAAUGUUAUAACCGGUGUGCUCAAGGAUUAUCUGAGGGAGCUGCCAGAGCCGCUCUUCACGCGCUGUCUCUUCCAGAUGACAGUCGAUGCUUUAGCUGUUUGCCUGCCAGACGAUCCCGAGGGCAAUGCCAAACUAAUGCUCAGCAUACUCGACUGUUUACCAAGAGCGAAUAGGGCCACUUUAGUAUUCCUGCUGGAUCACUUGUCGCUGGUUGUCUCCAACUCGGAGCGCAAUAAGAUGUCCGCUCAGGCGCUGGCAACUGUGAUGGGUCCACCGCUGAUGCUGCAUUCAGCAAGCGCACAGCCAGGCGCAGAUAUUGAUCAUGCGCAGCCGAUUGCAGUGCUCAAGUAUCUGCUGCAGAUAUGGCCGCAGCCGCAGGCGCAGCAUCAGCAGCUGACUCAGCAUAUGGGCGGCAUGGCCGCUGCCGGCAGCAUGAGCAACAUGGCAGGUGUUGGUGUUGCUUCAGGUCGGCGCGGCGAGUCAACAGGGCAGCGUGGAAGCAAAGUCAGUGCGUUGCCAGCGGACAGACAGCAAGCUCUACUACUGCAGCAGCAGCAGCAGCUCAUGGCGGCGGGCAACCUUCUGCGCUCGUCCACUUCGGUAACCAACAUACUCUCCCAAGGCCAUCAUCAGCUCUCAGCCACAGCCAACAGUCAUCUGUAUCAAUCAGUAGUGGGUCAGUUAGCUCAAUCGCAUCGAGCCUUGCAACAAGCGGUGCAACAGCCCUAUCAAUUGGCGGGCUCAGCGGGCUCAGCAAUUCCCGACCCAUCGCCACUGCCACUUCCAGGCACACCCUCCCCAGGCAGUAGCUCUGCCUCAACGGGCUCCGGUUCGGGCUCGGGCUCGGGCUCAGGCAAGAGCACUGAUACCAUCAAGCGCGGUGCCUCGCCCGCUUCAGUGAAGCAAGUCAAGAUCGUGGACACAGCCAGCCCGUACUCCGUUGUGCAGAAGAAGCCACCGCUACAGAAGGACACGCCCAUUGACAUCACCACGCCCACGGGUCAAACCGAGAGCAACAAAGCGGAGCUGUCCGCCGCACGCAAAGGCGUCGAUUUCUAUGAACCGCACAAAACGUCGCAGUCGCAGUCGCAGUCGCAGUCAAAGCUGCUGACUGACAAUGAAGACAACUAUAGCUCCAAGUAUGCCAGCUUGGACAGCAAGAAAAGCAAUUACAGCAACAGCUACACGCCCGGUAAAUCUUCAAGCUCCACAGCUGCCAGCAGCAACAGCGUUAGCAACAACGAUGACUACAAGUCCAUGCGCAACAAGUCCAGCGCCAAUUCCAGCUCCAGCUCAUCGCAGGCAACAGUGUUGAGUGCGGGCUCCACUGCCACCUCGGCGCCAACGACUUCGUCGGACGACUCGGACGAUUUGGUUAGCUACAAGUCGUCGGCAUCGACAAAUGCGCUGCUGGCGCAAUCGCAGGCCAUGACCACCAGUCAGCUAAUGUCCAAGUACUUGAAGCGUGAGCCGCGCGUGCAGUUCACGCCCAUCAAGUCGCCGGAGUCGCCCUCGCCGCCUGGUGGUGGCGAUGGGCUGCCCAAGGGCACCUACCAAUUGGUCAGCGCCAGCGCCAGCAGCUCGCUUAAGCCCAGCGCUACAACUGGCGCCAUAAGCAAAUACACCACAAGUUCCACAGCGGACAGCACAACAAGCAGCAAGUUGAGCUCGCCCGCGCGCAAGCCGGCAGUAAGUACUUCAGCGGUGUCCACUGGUCGGCGGCUGUUCGACAGUCUCGCCUCGUCGUCGUCCUCGGAGACGGAGACCAAGACUUAUAUAGGCGGCACCACAGCGGCCAGCGCAACCACCAGCAGCAGCACCACCACCUAUAGCAAUGAGAGUAGAGAGCGCAGUUUGGGCAGCAAGUCGGCGCAGUCUGGGGAGCACAAAAGCUUUGGCAGCACGCUCUUUGGCAGCAGCGGUUUGGGCAAUGGCAAUGGCCACGCCCACGCCAGCAACAGCCCCUUUGCCAGCACCAAUGGCAAUGGCAGCAGCCACAAUCACAAUGCGAUGCAUUUGUAUGGCACGCUGCCAAAGAAUGGAGGCGCCAGUGCGGGUGCUACGCUGUUUGGCGCUAGUGGUAGCUCGAGUUAUCACUCCAGCGCCAGCGGCACUGCUAGCAGUAGCGGGGUUAGUUCCAUGACAGGCUCCACCAAUAGCUAUGACUUUUAUACGAGCAGCAGCUCAUCGAGCAGCUCGUCUCGUCCCUUUGCCAAUGGUGGCAACAAUUAUCAUACGCUGGGCACUUAUCGCUCGCAAUAUGCAGCGACCAAUCCGUUCCUGGAUGCCUUCGAUGAGAAGCCCAGCAGCAAUGGCACCAGCAGCAGCCACCACCAGCAGCAGGAGGAGAAGCUUGCUAGUGGCUUGGACAAAAGUCAUCAGCGCGCCUCCUUGGCCGCCUUUCAGUCGUCGAGCGACUCGAAGAACGGCAGCGAUGAGUACGACGAUCUCAAGUGAGUUGUCGCCCAAGCUGCUCACGCUCGCGCAUUUACUAAUACAAGCAUAUUAACUUAAACGUGUGUGUGUUUGCUUUUGGAGUAUUUACAGUUUACAAAUUUACGAAUUCAAACGAUAAACAAUAAUCCAAUCGAACCAGCAGCUUAACGAAUUUUUAUGAACAAGUUAGCGAAUAUUUAACAAAAACAGCAAACAAAAUGGCUACCAGCUUAAGUGUUGUAUGUGUGUGUGUUUGUGUGCGUGUGUGUGGCAGCCAUUUUGUUGCUGUUUGCUUAACAAAUUGAAUACCAGCAGCAGUAUUGGAAAUCAAGUAUACAAACUUAUAAAUUA